CAGGAGAAAGUUGAUACGCGGGCAUCAUAUUUCUGCAUCCAGACCAGCACUAGAUUUUUUUUUUCCUUGCCUCCUUGGAAACCGCACCUUGUUCUGAGAAAUGGUACAUAUCUCUGGAAACCGGAAUUGCCCCAAUUUAGAUGAGCAUGACGUCAAAGACUGACCAGGCUAGGAAGGGACAGAAGGCCAGUAAGGUGUGUUUAUUGGAGGGGACCAGGUGGGCAGACAGGUUGGAUCACAUUCUUCCAGGAAGCUGCCAGGAAGUGGCUGCCUUUUUAAAAAUUUACUUUGCAUGCUCCUAGAUCCUCACUGAAGCAAAACUGGAGCGUUACAGGUAGGAAACCACCCUGCUUCCUUGGAGUUGAGGCAGGGGCCCUGCUUCACUAUGAGAAGAGCUGUCUCUGUUUUCUUUUGCCUUUUCACGCUUUCUCUAACACAGGAUGCCCUGAAAAAUGAAAUUCAAAGCAGAGAUGGGAAGACUGGCACUCAAACAGUGUGUGGGCAGGUAGUGAAUCAGAACCGUAUUGUGGGGGGAGAAGAUGCCUCUCAGGAUGCUUGGCCAUGGCAAGUCAGCCUCCAGUACCAAGAGAAGCACGCCUGUGGGGCGACCCUCAUCAGCUCUGAAUGGUUACUGACGGCAGCCCAUUGCUUCCCUAAGAACACAGUACUGUCUAACUACCAAGCCAACGUGGGAAACUACCAGCUCUUGAAUCCAGACCCAAAUGCCGUGUGGCUGAGACUGUCCCGAGUGAUUGUGCAUGAGAACUAUACUGGAGAUGGAUCCAGUGGGGAUAUAGCUCUGGCUCAGCUAGAGGAACCUGUCCAUUUCACCCAAGGCAUCCUUCCAGCCUGUCUCCCAGAUGCCAAAGUUCAGUUUCCAAGUGGCACCCUUUGCUGGGUGACAGGGUGGGGAUCACCUGAAUAUGGAGCCACUCUGGGAGCUCCCAAAACAUUGCAGCAGAUCCAGUUGCCAUUGAUAGACACCAUGACCUGUGAUGCCUUCUAUCACAUUGGUACGAAUAUCAGUCCCACUACCACAGAGAUCCAGGAUGACAUGUUCUGUGCUGGCUAUGCUGAGGGAAAAAAAGAUGCUUGUUUGGGUGACUCCGGAGGUCCAUUAGUCUGCCAAGAGGAUGGUGCCUGGUUUGUGGCAGGCAUUGUGAGCUGGGGUGACAUGUGUGGCCUCCCCAACCGCCCAGGGGUCUACACCAAUGUUGGUUUCUAUCAAGACUGGAUUCAGAGUCACUUCCUUGGGGUGCAAUUUGGCCUUGUGAAUGUCACAUAUUACCGAGUUGCUUCACCUCGAUCUGCCUCAAGCCAAGUCCUCAAAAAUUUCAGUUUCUUCCUCCUGCUUCUGAUCUCCUGCUUCCUCAUCACCUUCUGAGACAGGGUGGGAAUAGGAUGUUCUGGUGCUUUUACUUACAAGUUGAAAUUUUAUGGGAAAAAAAUCUUAACCCUGCAUCUUCCACUAAACCCUGCAUCUUCCACUAAAAAAAGACUAUCUGAAGUUUACGGAAACACCAGCAGCUUCUAUCCUUGACGCCGCAUUAGAAGCCCAGUUCUUCCAAAUGAAUGGAUUCUGAAAUGUUCUGGAGCAUUUCAUGUUCUGUCAAGUACGGCUAUAGGGUAUUAUGGAUUUUUAGGGCAUUGGAGGCAAGGGAGAGAUAUUUUACUGAUGAGGGAAUCAGACUUCUUCAUUUUGCUCUGUUCAUCUCCCUCCCUGAAGGAGAACAAGGGCUUUCACUUUUGUUCUCUGAAGGUGCUAAUCAUGUAAAUUCAUGAAUAUAUAUAUAGUGAGACUGUACCAUUGUGCUGCUUUUUUGCAAGAGCUUCUUUCCAAAGAGAACGG